AUGUCCAAGGUACCCGAUCUAGACGCGCUGCGUGCGUCCGUGACACGUCAAAGCGCACAAGUGCGCGAGCUUAAGCAGAAAGGUGCAGUGGCUGAGAUCGUCAAAGUCGCUGUUGACGAGCUGAAGAAGCUUAAGCUUGAUCUCGAGACGCAGACGGCACUACAGGGCCCCGCCGAAGACGGCCUGAGUAAAAGCGACAAGAAAGCGAUGGAUGACCUGCUACUGCGCAAGAUGUUUGUGGUGCCAAGUUUUGAGAUAUAUGGUGGUGUCGGUGGGUUCUACGACUUUGGGCCGCCGGCCUGCGCGCUCAAGAGCAACUUACUCCAGUUUUGGCGCCGGCACUUCGUGUUCGCCGACAAGCUGCUGGAAGUGGAGUGUACUAAUCUAAUGCCUGAAGUGGUGCUCAAGACGUCGGGUCAUGUGGAUCGCUUUACGGACCUUAUGGUUAAGUGUGCUAAGUCAGGCGAGUGUUACCGUGCCGACAAGCUGCUGGAGGACCAUGUGGAGAAUUAUUUGGAUAAGCACACGGGCCUUAGCCAGGAAGAACGCGAGAAACAUGAGAUUCACGCUACAAUGGCUGAGUCCUACUCCCCCGAAGAGAUUUACGCUGUAUUUCAGCAGUACGGCAUCAAGGCUCCCGGAACUGGAGCCGACCUGAGCUUUCCCAUCCCGUUCAACCUCAUGUUCAAGUGUGCUAUUGGCCCUGAGGGUGGGAUGGUGGGGUACCUACGUCCUGAGACGGCGCAAGGUAUUUUUCUCAACUUUCGUCGUCUGUUGGAGUAUAACGCCGGUAAAUUGCCUUUUGGUUGUGCUCAGAUCGGUAGCGCUUUCCGUAAUGAGAUUUCACCUCGCGCCGGACUUCUGCGCGUACGUGAGUUCCAGCAGGCUGAGAUUGAAUUUUUCGUCAACCCGAAGGACAAAAGCCACGUCAAGUUCUCGACCGUAAAAGACCUAGAGCUGCCUCUACUAACCAAGACGAACCAGCUUACGCAUGGCAAGGCUGUCCAGAUGACCUGCGGUGACGCUGUCGAGCAGAACAUCAUCGCUAACGAGAGUCUAGCGUACUACCUUGCACGUACGUACGAGUUCUGCCAAGCCAUUGGUAUUGACAUGAAACGCUUGCGUUUCCGCCAACACUUAAACACGGAGAUGGCACACUACGCCACCGAUUGCUGGGAUCUGGAGAUCAAGCUGAGCUCUGGCUGGGUGGAGUGUGCAGGUCAUGCUGACCGCUCGUGCUAUGACCUGUCGGUCCACGCCAAGAAGAGCAAGGUGGAGAUGGUCGGCACGCACAAGUUCGACAAGCCCGAGAAGCGCCAGAUCGUAGAGAUUAAGCCGAAUAAAGGCAAGAUGGGGCGUGCCUUUAAAGCUGACGUAGCUACGAUCUUGGAAGCGCUCGAGGCCCUGAAGGACGAUGUGGCUUGCGCGCAGGCUUUCGAGGACGAGUUAGCCUCCAAAGGCGAAGCAACGCUUGGGCCACUGUGUGACGGGAAGGAGUUCAGUUUGCACCGUGACAUGGUGGCCAUUAAGGUGGUGGAGAAGAUGGUAAGCGAGGAAAAGUUUGUUCCAUCAGUGAUCGAGCCCUCGUUUGGCAUCGGUCGCCUUCUUACCGCUGUCUUCGAGCACAACUUUUCGACCCGCGAGGGCGACGAAAAGCGUGGUAUCAUGUCGUUUUCUCCCAUUAUCGCACCAAUUAAGGUGUCGGUGCUGCCGCUGAGCAACAAUCCCGCAUUCGACCCGUUUGCCGCCGAGCUAGAGCACCUGUUCGUCGAGCAGGGCCUGGAGUGCAAGGUGGACACGUCCAGUGUGGCUAUUGGCCGCAAGUACGCCCGUGCAGACGAGCUAGGUAUCCCGUUUGGUGUCACGAUUGACUUCGACACGGUUGAAGACCGUCAGGUAACACUACGGGAGCGCGACUCGACCGCGCAGGUAAGGAUUCCGAUAGACGCCAUUGACGCCGAGGUGAUCAAGUUGGUUAGGGGCUCGGCCACCUGGGAGCAGAUGCUUGAGCGAUACCCAAAGGUUACGGGAGCUCCUGAGUAG